AUGAACACCAGCACCGUCGAGAGCCGCUUCCUCUCCAAGCCGGGCGAUCUCGGGUUCGUCGCCGUCGGCUUUUCAGGGGGCCAGCCCAAGGACGGCGUCGACGCCGGGCCCGCCGCCCUCAUCGACUCGGGCCUCCUCCACGAGAUCCGCCAUGAGCUCGGCUACCGGAUCCACGGCGACACCGACGUCCACCUGUACCGGGACCUGGUGCCGGCGUCGGACCCGGACUACCGCGGCAUGAAGAACCCGCUGACCGUGUCGGCCGUCAACCGGGAGCUCGCGUCGCAGGUCUACCAGCACGCGUCGCAGGGCCGCCUGGUGCUGACGCUCGGCGGCGACCACAGCAUCGCCAUCGGCACCCUCGCCGGCUCUGCCCGGGCGGCCCGCGAGCGCCUCGGCCGCGACAUUGCCGUCAUCUGGGUCGAUGCCCACGCCGACAUCAACACCCCCGAGAUCAGCGACAGCGGCAACAUCCACGGCAUGCCCGUCGCCUUUGCCUCGGGGCUGGCGCGGGACGACAAGGACGAGUACUUUGGCUGGAUCCAGGACGACAUGCGCGUCAGCGUCAAGAAGCUCGUCUACAUUGGCCUGCGCGACGUGGAUCAGGGCGAGAAGAAGAUUCUGCGCGAGCACGGCAUCAAGGCCUUUUCCAUGUUUGACGUUGAUCGACAUGGCAUCGGCCGGGUCAUGGAAAUGGCCCUCGCCCACAUCGGCACCGACACGCCCAUCCACCUCUCCUUCGACGUCGACGCCCUCGACCCCAUGUGGGCCCCGAGCACCGGAACCCCCGUCCGCGGCGGCCUGACGCUGCGCGAGGGCGACUACAUCUGCGAGUUUGUCCACCAGACGGGCCAGCUCGUGGCCAUCGACCUCGUCGAGGUCAACCCCAGCCUCGCCACCACCGAGGCCGGCGCCCUGGAGACGAUCCGCGCCGGCUGCUCGCUGGUGCGGUGCGCCCUGGGCGAGACGCUGCUCUAG